CCUUGCAGUGCGUUAGUAUUUUCCCCAGCUAAGUGGAUCGGAAAAAAUUCCUCCUGUGGGCUUGCAUCAUGGAGGCAAACAGUCAAUCCAGCAGUCAACAGAUUCUGUGGAAAGAUGUUGAGGCGGGAAAAGAGAAGAAGGCAAAGUACCACACCUACCAGCGUGUGGCUCUGGUUCUGGCCCUGGUCUUCCUCGUCUUGGCUCUGUGUGUUUUCAGCCUGAGAUAUCUGUGGAGCCCGAGUCUGGGGAAGGUGUAUGACCACCAGUUCAAAGCUGUGUUGGAUGGCGUAGAGACAGACGGUUUGAUGGAGAUCGACCCGGGUCGCCGCAUUGAAAUCUUCAGAAUGGGUAACGGAAGCGAGGAGGUACUUGAAGUGCACGACUUCAAAAAUGGAAUCACUGGGAUCCGGUUUGCCGAACAUCAGAGGUGCUACAUCAGGAGCCAAACUAGGAAGCUACCCACAGUGGCAGAGGUGGAGGCUGAGGACACCGAGUUACUGGUGGGUGAGACCGAGGCCAUGGAUAUGAAGGUGGAGGACUCCCAAGUGUGGGUUCCUGCCGAGGAGCCCAUCGUUAACCCAGCUUUCCUCUUCGACUCCAAGAUCUGGGAGAUUUGCCAGGAGCUGCCCAUCCACUGGAUCCACCCCUCCCCUCUGAGCGAUACCGAGAUGGGGAAUGAGGACACACCCGACGUAGAGGCCGCAGGUCAGCGUUUCACCCGAGACGUCUUGGACCACCAGCCCGUAAACGACUAUAGGGACGUUGGAAUCGAGCUGGAUAACCGUCUGGACGACAACGGCUACUGCUGCCAAUACUGUCGCCGUGGUUACCGCUACUGCCGCCGCUACCAUGAGCCCCUGGGUGGCUUCAACCCGUGGCCGUACUACUACCAAGGAGGCCGGGUCAUCUGUCAGGUUGUCAUGCCGUGCAACUGGUGGAUCGCCCGCAUGCUGGGGAGGAUCUGAGGAGGCGCCGUCUGGGAUUUAAACUGUUUGUGUCGACGCAGGUGCAACUUCUCCUUUUGAUAAAUAUUCCAGACCACGUCGUGAGACCAAAGCAGUCCAUUGCACACAAUUAUUAUCCAAUCUGAAAGUUGGCCCACCGAGUAUUAGCCAGUUUAAACAGUCUAAAUGGCAUUUGAGGCGUUUUGAUUCUUUCUUAAAAGGCAUUGCUCGUUUACAGCUGUCUAAUUUUCUCUGCUUAUCUACCCAUUAAGUGUCUUUGCUGUUUGAUCCUGUUGAAUGGGUGCAAUUUAGUUUGGAAGAUGUCACCAGAAACUAAUCUGCUCUAAAAAAUGAUCCAGCUCUGUCUGUCUGUUCAUUUAUUUUACUUCAUAUGUGAAAAAGGCUUGGGUUUUUUGGGGUUUUCUUUUUUUUUUACAUCUGCUCUAUUAACACUAUGAAAAUGUACAUGCAGUUUGCCGAUAUAUGCAACGAUCGGAGUGGUGCUAUCCUAUUAGUCAUUUUACUAAAUAUGUUUGUCUCAGUUGUUUGUGAUCAGUGUUUUUUAUUAUUGAUUAAAGAUGGGGAAGGCAGAAAUCUGAAAAGUCAAAAAAUCCCAACAGAAUCUGAAAAUAAACCCUUGACCUGCAGUCCUCGCCUCUCUGUCCUAAUCCCAGAAGACAAUCACGGACAUAUGCACGCGCUUCAUAAAGUAACAGUGUUUCCUAUACAUUAUUUGAUCUUAAUUCAUCAUAUAGUUGCUCAUUCACUCAGCACCUCUCUUUUUCUCUGAGACAAGAAUUAGCAAGUGAACAUUAGCCACUCCACCUUCCCUUCCCUCCACCUGGCUCCCCGCCACUGUCGAUUGCAUCCCCAGGAAGAGAAAAAGCAGCAGCACUGCGGCUAUAGCAGCUCGAAUUUGACCAACACACACCAACCAGCGCAGGGUCAAACCUGUUAGUGUCACAAUUUGGGAAUAGCAGCCCAAACGAAGGAUGAACAGAUAAGGCAUCAGGAUGAUCUGAGUGAUUCUUUGCUGAUUUCUAACCAGGUUUGUAUCAUAAUAAUAUGGGCAGUAUAGAUGAAAGAUGGUAAACUUCACUAUAUCGAAACAGAUGACGCAAAUUGAUGCAAAACACAUCAUGCCGCAGGUGCUGGCUUUAAGGG